UUUUUCUUUAAAAUGAAAACGCAUUUCUUGGGUACAUAUGCUGUGGAGAGUAUACUGACGUAAACAAAAGCACAUGGUAACAGAAUCUCUAAGGCCUUCGUGUAAAGAUUCUGGAAGUACCAAAUGCUGCAAUAGCUUAAAAUAAAAAUCACGGAGGCCUUCACUGGUUUCAGAUGGAUCGUUCCGUUCACUCUACGGAUGGAAUGGGACACGGAUCCUUAGUGGUUUGGAACGGGGCCUUGAACAAGGAAAAUAACAAUAGCAAUGAAAAUAUAUCGACCAGUAACGAUAACGUUGGGCCGGUCAUAAGAAUUCUCGAAAUAGAGGCGAAAAUAGACAAAGAACCCACACAAAUAGAUGAAAGCUCAUCUGCGGUGUUAAAGUAUAGAACGCCUAAUUUCAGGUAUAGUUUGCUCGUCAAUUUUCAUUUCUAUGACUCUUUUGAUGUCAAUAAUAUUAUCAUACUUGUCUAACUUGUUUUGGCUUUGGUCAUUUGAAAUGAUAGAAAUGAAAGAUUUUGAUUAAUUUAGUCUUAGACUAGAUAGUUAUGGCAUGGACUUGUUGUUGUCAUGUUGGUCUGGUUAUUUGUAGUAGUAAUUAUAAUAAAUACUAGGCCUAUCAGUAUUUACUUUAAUACACUAAUGACAGUAAUGAUGUGUUGAUUUCUCAAGAGAGGCCUUAGGCCUAGGCCUUACUGCAACACACACAGUAACAAAAUGAUAAGACUAAUAAAAAUAAUAAGAGAGAUCUCUGAGCCAAUCAUGAAUCAAUAAUAAGUUUUUUCCCCUGACAAAUUUAUUGUGUUAAACCUCAUAUAAACCAUGCAGUAGGUCUAUAUAUCAUUCAUUAUAAUUAAUUAAAGUUAGAGGUAAAUCAAUUGAUGCAUCAAUAUAUUUGAUAGAAUAUGAGGAUGUCAUGAGCUAUAUACUAUGAGUUUCUGAACUGAUGUAGCUUCAAACAUGUUUCAUUGUUUAAUAUAUAGCGCAAUAUAAUAUAUGUCUUGGACUUCGAGCAUUUACCAAAACUUUAAAUAAUGUGUCCAUGUUAAAAUCUCACUGUUAGAAUUUAAGCCACACUAUAAAAUAAAUUUCUAAUUUAGACCUUGACCCUGGCUUACUGCACUUUGUGUUAAUAUGCUAUAUAAUUGUAUAUAUAGACUUCUAUUUUAACUUUAUUCUUAUUUAACUUAUUAUGCAUGUGUAUUUUCUUAUUUUGUCUGUGAAGAAAUACACUGUUUCUAACAAAUACAUCUAAAGAAAUAUGCUUUGAAUUUAAGAAUCUUUUAUAUUCUCUAUAUCUGAUUAGUUUAACCAAGUUGUGCUACUCAUUUAGAAACUGUCCAUGUUCAGUGUGUUUAUAGGAUGAAUUUUAUGUUGUUUUUCAUUUGAUAUUCUUCAUCUUAGUUUAGAGAGUUUCUGCUGUUGAUGUUUUGUCUUAUUAUUGCAAUGUUGAUUAGGGCUAGUGCAACUGUGGAAAUUUCACCAUUUUCUGAUAAUGAAGCCUGGAAAGUUGGUUGGAUUCAGGCAUGCACAGAUAUGACAUUUCACAACACUUAUGGGAAAGAGGGAUAGUGAGUUUAUAGUUGGGUUUUGUGAAAUCAUUUUGAAGUUUUUAUAUUGUUCAACAAUAUGUUACACUUGCUGCAUUGGUUUUAAAGUUUCUCUUACGAGUUUUAUGCUUGACAAAUGUUUUUUGUGUGUCUUCAUUGGUUAUAUUAUUAUAAAUUAUUUGUGUUUCUUCAUUGGUUAUAACUUUUAUAAGUCAUUUAUGUGUCUUCAUUGGUUAUGUUAUUUCUAUAAAUUGUCAAUCUGAAAAUAAAUUGAUCAAUGAUCCAGUGAUAUCUUAGUACUAGGAUCAGGAGGGUAGCUUUAUAUUUGCAAACGCACUAAUGUAAGGCAUCUAUUUAUUCCUAAUCUUGUACUUGUAGUAAUUUCCCCUUUUAAAUUUCAAAUGGUUAGCCCUGUCAUGUGUUGAAAUAUGAGGAUUUCCUAAAUUUACAAAAAUUUGACAUAAGAUCAUCUGUGUCUAUUAUAAAUUUACAAACAAUUCCACUGAAUUAAAGCUAACUGCUGUUGUUCAGUUAUAAAUAAUACCAAGAACUUUUUUUUCCCCACUACCACACUAUGUAUGCAACAUCUUCUCAUUUUUUUUUCAUCAGCACAAGUUGGGAGUUUCCUGAGUUGACAUCAGGCAAGCAGACUAUGAUAUCAGAUUGUGACGGUCGUCAUUACCCUUGGUAUGGAUCACGUAAUGAGACAGUCAUCUUCAAAGGCCCAUGUGAUCGUUAUCAGACAGCCACUGUCUACAUGAAUGAUAAUUUCCAUCCUCAUGUUACCUGGAGAAACCCUGCCAACAGACAUCAGCUGGAGCCUAAUCUCACCCACAUUAUAAGAGACCAGAGCUUCUAUGUCUGGCUGGUGGCCUGGAAUAUGGUUACGAUGAAAAGCUUCGUCAUGCAGGUCAAACUCAUGUAAUACUGUACUACCCAUUAUAGUCAUCCAACAUUCCUUUUCUGUUUUUUUUUGGUCAGGAUUGUUUAAACUUCAUCUUUGUUAAAUAAAGAAUUUCUGAAACGUUAACAUUUACAUGAAGCACAGCUUACUGUAAGGGAUGGAUUCUCAAGCAUCUUAUAUAUAGUCUCUCCUUAUCAUGGGAGAAUAAAAUCUCCAGUCUUGUCCCGCUUUUAUAAGGCUAACAUCUUGGGAACCAUAAAUGUGAUGAUUAUGGGAAUCUUUUCUUCUACCAUUAUACCAGCAAGAGUCAUUGUGGUCAAUCAGCUUCUACACAUCUGUGGUAUCUGUACAUUCUUACCACAUAGUUUCACCUGACCAAACUUUCCAUACUGGCAUUGUUUUUUUUAAUGUCAUUUAAUUUGUUUCUUUGUUUUUUUUCCUAUCUCAUACCAUGUAAGCUUUUUUUGGCCAGUCUAUAUUUCAACCUUAAUACCCAUGGAAUCCUAUCAUCUGUAAGCUAAGUUGAUUUGCUUUACUUAUAUUGAGAAUAAUUUCAAUUUUUCCACUGAUGAAGGAUUUUAGCUUUUUUUAUUUUAUUUGCAUAUCAUAUUUUUUACGUGCAUGGUUGUCUCUUUUUACACUUAAAUUAUUGUAAUUGUAAUGAUAUGAAACAAUUUCCUUGGUGUUUUUUUUAACGUUCUCUCCUUCCUUUUUUAAAACUGGAAUACAUGCAUUCUUCUAAGAUCCUGAGCAUAACUUAUCUAUAUACACAUGUAAAGCUUCUUCUUAGCAGUUCUUAAUGAUGUGCUCAACUGCAAUUUUCAAGGGUCCACUCUUUUUCAUGAAUCAGUUAUUAUCUCUUGCAGUUUUGUAUCUGCAUGCGCAAACAUUCUUUCAUGACUCAGACAUUAAAAAAAUGAAUCUCUAUCUCUUCAGUUACGCAUUAAUUUUUAAUCAGAGAGAGAGUUUCAUUGAAGGUUCUUUCAUUCAUGUCACAUUGUCUUUUUUAACUUGCAGAUUUUAGGAAUAAAUUAAUGUUAAUUAUCACUGGGAUUUAAGAUGAUUUUCUUUAAAGAAACUAAAAGUUGAGGGAACCUCAAAGUAGUAAUUUUAAUUCAAAGUUUCCCACUUCAGCUUUACAAAAGAAAAAAAAAUUUGGAAAAAUGUAUAUUGUGUUUGAACACCUUUGAUACUAUUACAACCCACCUAUUCUGUUUCGCCAAAGAAAAUUUUCAAAUCUUACUGUUUCGGCUUACAAUAUUUGAUGAAAGUGUUCCAUUUUUCUGUACAUCUAAUCCUGAAAGCACAUCUGUUUAAAAUAGUAGCUGGAAAUCAUGCGGUGUAAUCAUGUGAAACAGUGAAAAUCAUCUGCCCUUUGGUUUUUUGGGGGUUUUUCUGUGCCUCCUUACAGUAGUAUUAAUUUUAGAAUUUUUCUCUAUAAAUAGACAAUAUCUUGGUGCAUGCAGUUGGAGAUCGCCAUAGAUCCUCGAAGACCUUUAGGUGAGAGAGCAACCCUGAUCAGUAAUCCAGUGCCUCGGCAGCCGAUUAUUCUUGACUACAAUGUACCUAUUCCACGCUGUGCUCUGACGCCACCCUGCGCCAAUUCUGCCCAAAUGUUGGUCUGGCACCCACGUCGUGGCAAGCCUGUCUGUGUCAUCCCACCUGUAUGGAAGAGCCAAAGUCGAAGUCCAAAGCGAGACAGCAAAUUGUGAAUUUAAUGUUUCCUGAUUUGAUUUUUUAUUAACAGCGCAAUACCGUCUCAGGAUCUAGUCAGCUAAUUUAUUUUAAAUGGUGCACUAAAUCACUACUAAAUCUUAGGAUCACUUCUAAGACAUGUUUCAACCAAGUAGUUGUUGAAAAAACUUGAACAUUUAAAUUUUCUUUCAAACGUUGUUAAAUUUUUUAAGCAGGGAAUAUAAAAAUUCUAUAAUUUGUUGUUCUCUUGCCUUCAAGCGUGACACAAUUUCAUCUCCGGUUAUUGGCAACCAAAAGAUAAUGAGAGAUGUGAAUGUUAUUGGCCACUGAUAUAAUACAAAAAUAAAGAGGGAAGUGAGAUUACAUCCCUUAUCGUCUAUUUCAAUCUAGUCAAAAAGCCUCAAUUUUGUUCAUGGACCACCAGAUCUUUUUAGAAUAAAAAAGAAACACAAGGCCUUUUUAUUUAUGUUUCCUUUUCUUGAUAAAUAGUAACAAAAAUCCAACUUAAUAAUUUUGAAUUUCUGCUUAUGUUACAAAAUGUUUAAUGUGUGAAGCGUCAUCAUCUGUUUGUAGCAAAAGUUCAGUUGUUGAACAGGAACUGUUAAUGAAAUAAUUUCCAAAACCAGUUAACAUUGUAACAAUUUUUUUUAUCCGGAAAUCAACAAAAGAUAUGAGUUUUGUAAGGGUCCUGGUGGUCUAUGGACAAAACAAUGAAUGUUGAGAGUUGUUGAAAUCUCUGUGUUCUGGUGACAAAGAGUUUAAGUCCUGUGACAGUGGCUGUGCAAUGAUUGGCUAAUUGUAUGUUUUCAGCAAAUAAAGUGCUGGUUAAUCCAUCUUCAUGAUCCUAGAGAGGACGUUGUUGAUAUCACGGGAGAUCUGGCUAAGCCUGGGCAAUUUUGCCAGGCUAGUCUACAAAAAAAAUAACAAGAUCCAAUUAACUUUGUAACUGGUUUGUUCUACAAUCAUGUUUAUUUUAAGCUAUUGCACAAGAAAAGAAGGUUGGUUUAUCAGCUUUUGAUAUUUAAAUAUUUAUCUUUUUUUUUUUUACACCUUAAAAUUUGCUGAAGGGAUGAGUAUUUCUCAAGGUCUGUGGUUUUUUUACAGCCAGAAUCGAAUUGAGUUGAGGGUUAAUUUUUAAUCUACAUAUACUAUUUAUAUAAUCAUUUUGGAUGGAUUUUUGUGUACAAAGAGUUAAAAUCAACAGUGUUGUGAAUAUUAUCAAUUAUGUUUCACUCAUUUUGCUUACAUUUCUUAACCUGAAAUUCAUUAUAUGCAACAUGUUAGCUCCAACACUUGAAAUUUGUCUAAGUGGCCAAACAAAAAAUGUUGACAUUUCAAUAUGUGGCCAGACAUUUUUUAUAAGUUUUGGGGUGUUUCAUUUCUAUUCAUGAGCUAUGACAUUGAAGGAGGAAGGCAUUCUGUGACAUCACAUUUUUUUAAAAAUUACUUUGGGGGACAUAACUUGUGGAACAAAAAUCUUUUAAAAGGUUUAGAUAAAUGCCCUUGAAUGUUUGCUAAUCCAAUAAAUUAUAAUCUGGGGAAAUGAUUUCAUGACUAAGGAUGUCAUAUUUUACUGCAGCCAAUUACUAUUCUGUGGCUUAAUAAAAAUAUUAUAUUUUUCUGAUAAAAUUAUUCCACAGGUAAUUUGUCUCAACACAUUUAAGCAAGCAGUGAUUAUUGUUAUGUAUAUUAUACUUCUUUUUUUUUUUUUUU